AUGGCUUCACCGCCAAAACCCUGGGAAAGAGGAGGCGCUGCAGUUAGUACCGCUCUUCCAAGUCCUGCCAUGACUUCAACCACUGCUGCUACGUCAGGUUCUGCUGGACCAUCGGUCUUAUCAUCCACAGCCAGUACUGCCUCGGGCGCACCAGCCAUCCCCGAACGUCCAUCCUCUCUCACAAAUACCGUCAACCAAAACGCGUCCGCAUACUCGCCAUACGGCGCAAAUAGACUAGGAGCCGUAGGAGCCUCGCCAUAUGGUAUGGGAACUAUGGGAUCCUAUUCAUCGCCGUACUCAAGAAUGGGAGGGAUGGGGGGCAUGGGAGGAUAUGGUUAUGGUGGCAUGGGAGGGUAUGGAUCUAUGUAUGGUGGAGGCAUGGGAGGGAUGUAUGGGAACAUGGGAGGAAUGGGUCCAAAUGAUCCCAUGAGCUUGACGCAAGGCUUUACUCAAAGCACACAAGCUACCUUCCAGAUAAUCGAAAGUAUAGUUGGUGCAUUUGGAGGAUUUGCUCAAAUGCUUGAAAGCACAUACAUGGCUACACACUCUAGUUUUUUCGCUAUGGUUUCUGUGGCUGAGCAAUUCGGAAACUUGCGCAAUACUCUCGGAUCUAUUCUAGGGAUAUUUACCAUGAUGCGCUGGUUGCGCACUCUUUUCGCCAAAAUCACAGGCCGACCCAUGCCCGCAGAUGCUACUUCUUUAACCCCUUCGGCAUUUGCCUCUUUCGAAGGCCGCAAAGUACUUCCAGAUGGUAGCGCGGCACCCCGUCCAUCCAAGAAGCCUUUCUUGUUCUUCAUAGCAGCAGCCUUCGGUCUCCCAUACCUCAUGGGUAAGAUGAUCAAGGCCCUUGCUGCUUCACAAGAAGAGGAACAGAAACGACUAAUGGCAUCAGGCCAACUAAUGGGUGCUGACGGCCAACCUGUACCCGCACAACUUGAUCCUUCGAAACUAGAUUUCUGUCGCGUCUUAUACGACUUUACCCCUGAAUCCGGCGCCGCAGUCCAAGGUGUGGAUCUCGAAGUCAAGAAAGGAGAUCUAGUAGCAGUUAUCAGUAAAAGCGAUCCGAUGGGUAAUCCAUCAGAAUGGUGGCGUUGUCGUGCUCGCGAUGGUCGCAUGGGAUACCUCCCUGCUGUAUACCUGGAAGUAGCAAGACGACCUGGUCAACCUAUAGCAGAAAUUAAGAGUGCAAGUCAAAGUGGAAGUCGAACUAGUACCUUAACUAGUUCAAGUAUUGGCAAUGCCAACCGAGCAAAAUCACUGGCGGCUCCUCCUGCUGUGGCUGGAAAGGCAGGUGAUAUUGGAGUGGAUAGUUUCCAGAAGAGCCAAUUUUAUUCGUAG